AUGGCCACAAAAUUUGUUACAUUGGGCAUAGAAAAUGGUUACCGAUCAAUCAUCCAUAUAGGAGGCAACGUGCAGCUUUUAAUGGGGAAACCUGAAUAUGGCACGCCUCCUGAGCCAUUAACCGGAGAAGAAGUGCUGCAUAUGGUUGAAGAUGGUGACAGAGUUUGUUGGAAGAAGAAAUCAAUAUUCUUUGAUCUCGAGUAUUGGAAAUACCUUCCUGUGAGGCAUGUCCUAGAUGUUAUGCACAUUGAGAAGAAACGUUUGCGAUAG